AUGACUUGUCAUAAAUGCGAAAAUAGAUGGAAUCAGUGGUGUAGAAUAUGUCCAAAUUGUGAUAUUUCUGUUUGGACAAGUGGAAAUUUAAAAAUUGAUGAAAAAAUUAUAAACGCUCAACAAUCCAAUAGAUCAUGGUGCAAUCACGCUGUUGCUCUUAAAGAGAUUUAUAACUCUAGCGACUGCAAUCCAAAUUUUUUAAGUGAACUUGCAAUUACACUUGGAAACUAUAACUUUCGUAAGGGAAUAUGUGAAGUUUACGGGGCUUCUCAAGAUCCACAUACCAAUAAUUACCUAAUUGUGAUGCGAUAUUAUGAUGAGGGAGCUUUAUAUGACAAAUUAUCAAAAAAGGAAACAACACUAUCAGAUAUUGACACGUGUCUUAGAUCUAUCAGUACCGUAUUAGCGAAAUUGCAUAAUUCCAAUGUAAUUCAUCAAGAUUUACAUAGUGGGAAUAUUCUGUGUAGUUAUUCUCAAUAUGAUAUAGCGGAUUUUGGAAGAGCCAGGAUGUCUUCCGAAUUUGAUACUCCAAAAACAGAUUUUAAUAUUAUUGACUCUAAAAGAAUUAAAGAAUUACGGAUGAAAAAAGAUUCUGAGAUACAUUCGGGAGAGAUACACAAAAGCCGUUCACCUAGUCCUAUGGUAAAAACUGCAAACCCAUUGAAUAAUUCUGCGACUGUAUACAUUUCUCGUGAAUACGAAAUAGACGUCGUCCGCGAUAAAUGUUUAUCUUAG